UAAUAGCGAGAUACUAGUUACACAAUGACGAACUCUUUCAUCUUUUAAAUUCUUCCCGAAUUGAAGCUUCCCCCGUAAUAGCUCACAUCCAGCUUCUCGUAGGGUAGCGCUAUUUUUACAGGCAAUUUGAAGCUUCAUGACAGUCCAACUUGUGCGCAAGGUAAGGUUGAUUUUCUGUUGCUUCGUCCAUGUAUUAGUCAAGAUUCAUCUGAGUUCGGGUCGGUGUGAUUUAUCUUGUCAUGAUUCGUUUACGGUGCAAUUGAUACCCAUGCGAAGGGCACCGAUCGUGAGGACACCCGUGCUGAAGUCAGCUUCGCGACAGAUUGAAGCCCAUUUCAAACAUCUUCAUCGAAUCAGGACAUCUCCGCGAAACGUGGUACGACCACUGGCAGACUUUCUUUGAGGCAAGCCCUUCAAAACGAAGGUCCGAAAGCUCUCCCAAAAGGUUUUACUGGGCUGAGAUGCGUUCAGAUCGAUGACAUUGCUGAUUUACUCAGCUUCAGGGAACGCAUUGCAGACAUUUGGCCGGGGGGUUGUGUUCAAGAGUGGUAUUUCUCCUCGACCCGUUAUAAGACCAUCAUGUUGUCAAA